AGUGGAGCCACGAUCAUGAAAUUCUAUGACGUAAUCGAACCACGAUGACGUAUUUGUUGUGUAUAACCGCUGAAAUUCUCAGAAGCUGCAGUUAAAAGCAAGCUGUGCAAGUUUUCGCCAUUUCUAUUCUAAAAACUUGAAUUCAAUCUGCACAUCGUUUGUAUGAAGCACCAUGUCAUUCGGAGAAUACAACAAUUCAAGGCCGUCAUCAGGUUUUGCAAGGAAUGACAAUUCUGAGUACACACGUCUGUGUAACAGUAUUAGCCAUAAUGUACAGCAGAUGAACAAUAAUGUGUCACGCAUUGAGAGAUUGGUCGACAAAGUGGGAACUACUGAAGAUGUCACAAAAAAACUCCAACAGAGUGAACGAGAAACACAGAAGCUUGCAAAAGAAACCAAUUCUUAUCUGAAGCAACUGAACAUGCUUUUGGAGGGUAUCAGCCCCUCAGAGCGGAGGCAAAGAAAGAUGCAGAUUGAAAAGUUAACCAAUAACUUUUCAUCAUCACUAAACAACUUCCAGAAAAUACAAAGGGUGGCAGCUGAGAGAGAGAAGGAGUGUGUUUCAAGAGCGAGAGCUGCAUCAAUGGGCAUAACCCCAAGUCCCAUGGGUGGUUAUCAUGGAGGCGAGACCUUGAUUGACUUUGACAGGACUGGUGGUGGUGGCAGCAUCCAAGCGCAAUCAGAGCAGGAGAUCGACCUUGAGCUGAUUGAGGAGAGAGAACGAGCAAUCAGACAACUUGAGGCUGAUAUUGUUGGCGUGAAUGAGAUAUUCCGUGACCUCGGAAACAUGAUCCAUGAGCAGGGUGAAGUAAUCGACAGUAUAGAGGCAAAUGUUGAAACCGCUGCUGUCCACGUAGAAACAGCUAAUGUUCAAUUGGACAAGGCCAGGGGCUACCAGAAAGCAUCGCGCCGUAAGAUGUGUUGCCUCUUGAUGAUUCUGGUGAUUGCCGCUGUUAUCAUUGGCGUUGUCAUCUGGCUGUCAGUGAAAUAAUAAAACUGUAGAAUCAAGAUUUGUUAAAAUGUUAUGGAUGCUAAUUGGGUGAAAAAUUAGACAGUUAUCUAUAAUUCAGUAAGAACUCAUUUUCUGUAGAGUUCUCCUUGGGGCCAGUUGCAUUUUUAGUAAAUAGAGGCUCUUGUAACCAUUUGUCUUUAUUACAUAACUGUACUGCACCCAGUGCCAAGGUACAUGCAAUCAGAAAGUUAAUGCCCUCACAUAUUCCAAGGCGGCAUGUAAAGGGCUCAGCAUUUCUGGUUCAAUCAAUAACCGAUAUCUUGUCUUCAGGUUCUGGUUCCUUGUCAGUGGGUUCCAACUGUAUUGUACGUGUGUGGUAUCUUGAGCUUUUCCCCCUGCUCAGUGAUAGAAAACAUCAGUAAUAUUGUUGUAUCGAGGUCAAAAUUACGCUUGGGAGAGCAGAUUUGUAUCGUAAAAUCGAGAAUAUUGUUGUAUACAAUAUUGUUAGAUUGAGGUAAUUUCUAAUCUACAGUAUUUCACUGUAUUUUUGCUGAGGAAAAGGAACCUCAUCAUAACAUUGAGGUUAUUGUAAAAUCCAGGUUCCACUGUGUUUUCAUUAUAAGCUGCAUUGUCACCAGUUUAUUUCUGGUCCAUUAUGUAACAAUCUCUGGUGAUUUUUAAUGGAAAACGCAACAAAUAAUCCAAAAUUGUAAUUAAGCAGUGUGUAUUUUGCAAGUUUCUUUGUGGAUGUGACUAAUAAUUAAGAGCAGAUGGUCUGUUAAAUUGUUCAGAUUCCAAUAAAAUCUUUUGUCCCUUGUUGUUUGAGGUUUUUAUUGGCCCUGCGGAAGUAAACUGGUGACAAUGUGGCUUAAAAUCUACUAUUAUGCAUGCAAAACUGUAUCCCCCUUAUCAAAUUGUAUAUACUAUGUAUCUCUGUCUUUACACAGCACCAGCACCAAAUUUCAUAGGUAUUGGAGUAACAUGUGGACUGUCAGAAAAGGUUAAUCAAGAAAUAAUUUGCCAGAAAUUUAUGAAAUAGUUGUCUGUUCUUUUUGUAGAAUAAAAAUUAGAGAAUAGUAGAGUUUUAGGCUACACACUCAAACUGUUAUUAUCCAGGUUUUUACACAAUAAAAUGUUGAAAUAUUUUGUAAUAAAAUAGAAUAACUUGA